AUGCAGAUAGGGGAUACAUUUCGCUAUCAAUGCGCAGGCGAGAACAGUGACGAAGAGUGGAGCAAGCUCGUCCCCGACUGGGGCCAUUCACUGCGUGUUGACUUCGAUGGAGACUACACUGGACCAUACAGCGUCGCAAUGUUCCACCAACUAGGAUGCCUGGACGUUAUCCGACAAGACUACAACACGCAGGACGGCCCUUCCGCUCUAUCUCUCCAUUGCCUCAACUACCUGCGACAGUCCAUUUUAUGUCUCGCUGACACUCGCGUGGAACCUGUCACUUCGUGGAAGGGUCCGGGGAUCGUGAACGUUUUCUCCGAUUAUGUAUGCAGAGAUUGGGAAGCCGUGUACUCAAUUGCCUAG